AUGUUCGAAGACAACCCUUCUUCGAACAUUGUGACUGGUAUCAGUGCUCACUUUUCGAAGACCGUCCUUCUUCGACCCUUUUUUCUCUGGGGCCAGUCCACAAUGUACGUAGACCAUCCUUCUUCGUCCAUUGAGGACGAGCGAGAGUCCACAACGUCCGAAGCCGAUCCUUCUCUGAACAUUGUUCACUGGCGCCAGUCGACAAUGUUCGAAGACAACCCUUCUUCGAACAUUACCAUCCUUCUUCGUCCAUUGAGGACGAGCGAGAAUCCAAACGUCCGAAGCCGAUCCUUCUCUGAACAUUGUUCACUGGCGCCAGUCGACAAUGUUCGAAGACAACCCUUCUUCGAACAUUGUGACUGGUAUCAGUGCUCACUUUUCGAAGACCGUCCUUCUUCGACCCUUUUUCUCUGGGGCCAGUCCACAAUGUACGUAGACCAUCCUUCUUCGUCCAUUGAGGACGAGCGAGAAUCCCACAACGUCCGAAGCCGAUCCUUCUCUGAACAUUGUUCACUGGCGCCAGUCGACAAUGUUCGAAGACAACCCUUCUUCGAACAUUGUGACUGGUAUCAGUGCUCACUUUUCGAAGACCGUCCUUCUUCGACCCUUUUUCUCUGGGGCCAGUCCGCAAUGUACGUAGACCAUCCUUCUUCGUCCAUUGAGGACGAGCGAGAAUCCACAACGUCCGAAGCCGAUCCUUCUCUGAACAUUGUUCACUGGCGCCAGUCGACAAUACCGUCCUUCUUCGACCCUUUUCUCUGGGGCCAGUCCACAAUGUACGUAGACCAUCCUUCUUCGUCCAUUGAGGACGAGCGAAAAGUCCACAACGUCCGAAGCCGAUCCUUCUCUGAACAUUGUUCACUGGCGCCAGUCGACAAUGUUCGAAGACAACCCUUCUUCGAACAUUGUGACUGGUAUCAGUGCUCACUUUUCGAACCGUCCUUCUUCGACCCUUUUCUCUGGGGCCAGUCCGCAAUGUACGUAGACCAUCCUUCUUCGUCCAUUGAGGACGAGCGAAAUCCCACAACGUCCGAAGCCGAUCCUUCUCUGAACAUUUGCUCACUUUUCGAAGACCGUCCUUCUUCGACCCUUUUUCUCUGGGGCCAGUCCGCAAUGUACGUAGACCAUCCUUCUUCGUCCAUUGAGGACGAGCGAAAUCACAACGUCCGAAGCCGAUCCUUCUCUGAACAUUGUUCACUGGCGCCAGUCGACAAUGUUCGAAGACAACCCUUCUUCGAACAUUGUGACUGGUAUCAGUGCUCACUUUUCGAAGACCGUCCUUCUUCGACCCUUUUUCUCUGGGGCCAGUCCGCAAUGUACGUAGACCAUCCUUCUUCGUCCAUUGAGGACGAGCGAAGUCCACAACGUCCGAAGCCGAUCCUUCUCUGA